AUGGCAAGCAAGACCCUGUCUUAUAAACAAAACAGAACACCUGGCUAUCUUCUCUCUGUGACAUUUCACAAGACUUUCAGAAUCAAGCGAUUCCUGGCCAAGAAACAAAAGCAAAACCGUCCUGUUCCUCAGUGGAUUCAGAUGAAAAAUGGGAAUGAAAUCAGGUACAACUGUGAGAGAAGACACUGGAGAAUGAAGCUAGGUCUGUAA